AUGGGAAAAAGUAAGAAAGAAAAAAAAGAUGAAAAAAAAGGUACAUUUAAUCCUUCAAAUAAGAAAAAAAUUUCAAGAAAUCCUCAUUUCUUUAUAGUAAAAGUAGAUAAUUCUGAAAAAAAACAUAAAAAAACAGACUCAGAUGAUUACAUUGAUUCACUCUCGCCUAUUGCAAACCCAUUAGCACCUAAAAAACUUAGAAAAAGAGUCCUUAAAACUCUUAGAAAAGGAAACAUCUCAAGUGAAACAUAUUCAACGUGGCGUCAAAGAAUCAUACUAGCUGGUGAUAUUUCUCCUAUCGAUGUAAUUUCACAUCUUCCAGUACUUUGUGAAGAUUAUUCAUGUCCAUAUGUCUUUGUUCCAUCAAAAGAAUCACUUGGAGAAGCAUCCAAUACACAGAGACCUACAAGCUGUAUCAUGAUUAUUCCUGGGGGAAAAAACAAAGACUUAUCUACAGCUAAAGAAACAUACAUGGAAACAUAUGAAGAAGUGCUUAAGCAAAUUGAAAAUGCACAUACAUGGUCCCAUAAUACAGAUGAAAUAUAA